CCGCCGCACCGGUUUGUCCACGAGGUUUUCAAGAUGGCGGCUGAAAAGGGGGAAAGAGAGUCCCGGAGACAAAAGAGAUCAGAAUCAUCUGUAGAUAAUCACAUAGACUAUGAUGAUGAUGAAGAACCAGACUUCAGUGAUCCAGAAGAUUAUGUUGAUGAUAUAUCCGAUGAAGAUCUUCUUGGAGAUUUGUUGAAAAAUAAGCCGAAGGAUACAGACAGUAUUGACAAUGUGAUCAUUGUGGACAAUAUACCAGUUGUUGGACAGGAACGUCUUCCCAAAUUGCAGAAUGUGAUCAAGAAAAUCUAUGAAAAAUUUGGACGAAUUGUCAAUGACUUUUACCCCAUGGGGUCAGAUGAAAAAACAAAAGGGUAUUUGUUCAUAGAAUACUCAAAUCCACAAAGUGCCCUUGAUGCUGUGAAGAGUACAAAUGGUUAUAAAUUAGACAAGGCUCAUACCUUCGCUGUCAACCUCUUCUCUGACUAUGACAAGUUUGAACAUGUACCAGAUGACUGGGAACCUCCACAGGCCAAACCAUAUAAAGAUCUGGGAAACCUGCGUUAUUGGCUGCAAGAUCCAGAUUGUUUUGAUCACUAUAGUGUUAUAUAUGAGGGCGGAGAGAAGACGGCCAUAUUUCAGAAUACUGUACAUCUCAGUUCUGUUAGAGAACCAACAAAAGUGGAGGAGAGAGCUCGUUGGACAGAGACGUAUGUGCGGUGGUCGCCACAAGGCACAUAUCUAGCAACUCUACAUCAGAAAGGUAUAGCUCUGUGGGGCGGUCCAAAGUUUGAUCAGAUCAUGAGAUUUAGUCAUCCUGGUGUGCAGCUUAUAGAUUUUUCACCAUGUGAAAGGUUUUUGAUAACAUUUAGUCCAGUGCCGGUGAAAUCAGAAGAGCCGCAGAGUAUAGUUAUAUUUGAUAUACGGACAGGACAGCGCAAACGAGGUUUUAACUGUGAAUCCCAUGCUCAGGCCACUUGGCCAAUAUUUAAAUGGAGUAGUGAUGGGAAAUUCUUUGCAAGACUUGCUCCAGAUACCCUCAGUGUGUAUGAAACUAAUACAUUUAGAUUGUUGGACAAUAAAAGUUUGAAGAUUGAGGGUAUAAGAGAUUUUUCAUGGAGUCCAUCGGAUAACUAUUUAGCUUAUUGGGUACCAGAACAGAAUAACAUCCCUGCACGUGUAACUAUUAUCUCAAUGCCAGCACGUGCUGAGAUGUGUGUGCGUAACUUGUUCAAUGUUGCUGAUUGUCGGAUGCAUUGGCAGAAGAACGGAGACUUCCUGUGUGUUAAAGUAGAUAGGUAUUCAAAGGCAAGGAAGGCUGAAGAUACAGGACAGUGGAAAUACAGUGGUAUUUACUACAACUUUGAAUUGUUCAGAAUUAGGGAGAAACAGAUACCUGUGGACAAGGUAGAAUGUAAAGAAAACGUAUUGGCAUUUGCCUGGGAGCCAACUGGUAACAAGUUUGCUUUCAUUCAUGGCGAGAAUCCAAGGAUCUCGGUGUCGUUCUAUAUCGUCAGACCGCAGGGGAAAGUGGACAGUCUGAAAACAUUUGAACGACGUACAGCUAACCAUCUAUUCUGGAGUCCAACUGGUCAGUUUAUUGUCCUGGCUGGUCUUAGAAAUAUGAAUGGAGUACUUGAGUUUAUUGAUACAGCUGAUAUGACUGUGAUGGCUCAGACAGAGCACUUUAUGGCUACAGACGUCGAGUGGGACCCUACUGGAAGAUAUGUCAUUACUGGAGUCAGCUGGUGGGGACAUAAGGUUGACAAUGGUUAUUGGUUAUGGUCGUUCCAAGGUCGUCUUUUACAGAAGCAACAGCUUGACAGGUUUUGUCAGUUACUAUGGCGACCAAGGCCACCAACACUGCUAUCAGUUGAGGAAAUCAAGGAGAUUAAGAAAAAUCUGAAAAAGUAUUCUCAAAGAUUUGAGGCACAGGACAGGCUCCGACAGUCUACUGUAUCCACUGAAAUACUUGAGAAGAGACGUCAGUUGAUGCUGGACUAUGAGAGAUACCGUCAACAGAUGGAGGAUGAAUUCCUUAGUGGUAAACAACGUAGAAUUGCUCUCAGAGAUGGUGUUGACACAGACGAGCUGGAUAACUUACCAGAUGAUGAGUAUGAUGAGGAAGUUGUUGAAUUUCUGCUUAAAGUUGAAGAAAUUAUCUUGGACGAGGAGUAGGGGAUACAAUCACAUUGUGUGUCACAUUGGGAGGGACAGAAUUCCCUCCCCUAGCCAUUGUUGCCUCUUUUAGUUUUGAAAUAUAUAUUACAACUCUUUGGUAAAGAACAUUAUUCCAGCUUUGAAAAGCCAGCCGUCUUGAAAACUUGCCAAAGAGUUUGUGUAUACCGAAAGAAUUUGUUGAUAAAAGAGGCACUGAAAUUAGCAGAAUAUAUAUUUAAAAAAAGCUUUUUGUGGUAAAUUGUAUUUUUUUUCUUCUGAGUUUAGCUGUAUAAUAUAUUUAUUGUUCUUAUUUUAUGUGGUACACCUCUUUGUUUUAUAAAUAAUCUACAAGUGCUUUUAGUCUCCCUUUGUGUUGACAAGAUACCUGUAUGACAUUAUGUUGUGGAAAUCAAAGACAACAGUGGAAUCAAAUAUUGUGAAUAGAAUGAUAUAUACAGUGCUAGUAAUAUCUAUAUAUCCACCACCUCCUAGAUGCAAGUAUAUUCCUCAUUUUUCAGGACUUUUUCCUCUUCCUUUCCGAUUAUGUAAUAACAUUGCUAGGUAUUUGUUUGGUAUUUAUUUUGGCUUAAAGUAUAGGCAUUUAAUAAAAGGACAUCUGAACAUAAA